AUGAAGACCAAGUUGAUAGUAUUCACGUUGUCUUUGCUCCUCAGCAAGGGCUUGGCCGAAGAACCCCACCCCCUUGUUACAUCCCUUGGGGGCCUUCGCGUAUUACACUACAACAACCUUGGCCCUCAGAACAAUGGAACCUCGGCCAUUCUAGCAUACGAUCCCUCAAGCUAUGUUGAUGCCACUGCAAAAUGCACUGCCAUUGGCGAGAAGCUCUUUCCCUGGUCUUCGAGGCAAAACACCAGUCAAACCGAACUCGGUUAUGAACUGAACUAUCUCAUAUUUGCAAAAGAGCUAGGAGCCGAUGGUUACCUGUGGUUGUCAACAGAACAGGACUCUCACAAGAAUUGUUUUGCUCUCUCGAUCUCUCAUCGCCAGAUCAUACCGAAACAAUGUAGAGAGAAGCUACCCGCACUCUGUACUUCAACUCCAUCCGUGACAACCGAUCUCGACCGAGCCGCAAGAGAAAAUACGAAGCUGACCGUGACAUCUAAUGAUUAUGCCAUAACCGGAUAUCGAGAUGCACGAUCCUUCCGCUUCCUCGGCGUGCCCUUUGCAAGUCCCCCAAUAGAUGACUUGCGCUUCGCCUCACCGGAACCCUACACAGGUCCGAAGCACAUCGAGGCGACUAGCAUGGCGGAUUCAUGCGUCCAAUCUCCUUCACCCCUUAGCACUGUGUAUAUCGGUGGAAUGUCCGAGGACUGCCUUUAUUUAAACGUCUUCACCCCACUCCUGCCUCACGAUGACACCAAGAGCACAGCGCUUCGCCCUGUGGCUGUUUAUUUGUAUGGGGGCGGAUUCACAAAAGGCACUGCAUCUAUGAUAGAUUAUGAUGGGGGAAAUUUUGCUAGCCGAAGCGAUGUGGUCGUUGUCACACUGAACUAUCGCCUCGGAGCAUUGGGAUUUCUGUCGACGGGGAACCUGACAACUGGGAGUUACGGUAUUCAAGACCAGAUCUUAGCCUUGAAGUGGGUCCAAAAGCACAUUUCUGCCUUUGGAGGUGAUCCAUCCCAUGUUACUGUGUUCGGACAAAGUUCUGGUGGUCAAAGCGUGGUAGCCCUGAUCUCUUCCACCGCAGCGAAGGGUCUCUUCUCCGGCGCGCUGGUGCAAUCAGCAAACUUCGACCUCCCGUGGUUUCCUCGUGCUCUUUACUCUAAAUACAUCGCUCCAGAAGUCGGAAAAGCGGUUGGCUGUGACGGAAAUUCCUCCGAAACAAGUCUUCUCAAGUGCCUUCGUUCCGUCCCGGCUUCAAUGUAUCUCGAUAACUCAACCGAGUUCCAGACUGCUACACAAACCUUCUCAUCCAAUAUCGCAAAUCACUUCUACAACAUCACAAGAGCUCUUUCUGCGGUAGAGCCAUUCAUGCCGAUGGUAGACGAUACCGGAUCAGGUGUCAUCGACGGCCAAUUCAACUCCCUCCUAGCCAACAACAAGCUCCCCAUCAACGUCCCGACCAUGUUUACCAACGUCCGCGACGAGGCAAGCCUCUACAUGGGAAUUCUCGCCUCGGCCCAGGCCCCGCUCGCUACAUUGCUGAAUGCCACAUUCGGCGAGACUCUAGCUCAGAAGAUUAUCUCCUCUGGCGCGUACAACGUGGAUGAUUCGGACACCAAUGCCGUUCUCAACGCUGCUUCUGAUGCCCUGACCCACAGUCAAUGGACCUGUCCACAGGCCUACCUUCUCGACAAUUCCAAUUCAGCUUUUCCUUCCCUAUACGAAAUCCAAAUAGCAGAUGGCCAUGCGCAGACGUCAAAUAUGCCGGAUAUCUGUUACCCGAAUAGUGUAUACAACGCUUCAUGUCAUACCUCAGAGACCUUGCUCGCGUGGGGUACACUCAAUACUAAGACGCAAGAUGUGCAUCCGUAUUAUGACGAUCGGGAUAUCCUUCACUCGCAGCUUGUCCAUGAUGUAUUUGGUGCGUUUUUCCGUGAGAGAAACCCAAACCCGGAUUUGGGGUUCUUGAAGGUCCGUGGUCCUGCAUAUGCAACUACAUUUUCUAUAUUUGGUGGGAAGGUUGGUUCGAAUUCAUUGCUUGGGAGUGCUGAGAAGGGGUUUGCUAUUGAACAGCAUACGUUUGAUGAGCGAAAUAUGACGCUUUUGGGAAUGCCGCCGUCUAGUACGGCUGAUUUUGAGAACGAGACUAUCUGUGCUGUACUGCGUGAUUAUGGGUUUACUUUCCAAAGGGCACGUUUUUCGGAUUGA